AUGGCCUGUCAUAUUCUUUGUUUACGUAAUAAAUAUAUAACAACAAAUAUUAAAUUGUUGAGUAAAACUAUCAUAAUAAAAUAUCAAGUAGCAUUCUUUUUCUCAAGACCUACGGCUUCCGAAGUAUUAACAGCGUAUUUGACUCAGUGCAAUGAACCUCCGUGGACAUCUUACUUUGUCAAGCAGACUAGUGUUGUAAAUGACCAAUUUGGUAUGUCAAACUUUAACUGGAAGGUUGGAAAAUCUAAUUAUCAAAUAUUAAGGACUGGCUGCUUCCCAUAUAUUAAAUACCAUUGUUCUCGGAGAAAAGCCGAGGACUUAGGAACCUCAGACAAAUUCAUGAAAAUAAUAAAAGUUUUAAAUUUUGGUAUUCCCUGUUUUCUGUAUGGACUAGCAGCAACUCAAUUAAUUAGGCAUAAGGAAAUAGUGCACACUUCGAAGGGACCUGUCACAAUUUAUUUCUUAUUACCAGAGCACAAAGGCUCAUCAUAUUAA